CCAAUAGCCUGGUCUCAUUCUGCUCUAGACGUACUGCUGGCAUAUAUGUAUAUAAAACCCUUUCGAAGCCUGGAUCCCUUUUACAUUCGGGCCUUGGCAUCCUUUCCUCUGCCAGCACUCCUAUUGCAUUCCAUUGCUCUGUGCCUGACUGCAAAAUUUUGCUUCAGCCAUGUCACACACUGCUGUACAAGGAAGUAUGGGUAGUCGCUAUGCCACAGGAAAGAGCUCCCACAGAAUAUAUCUGUUUGAGUAUGAGAAUUUCCAAGGGCGCAUGAUGGAGCUGAGUGGAGAGUGUCGUAACAUCUGUGACAAGGGUUUCAAUCGUGUUGGCUCCAUCAGAGUGGAGUGUGGGCCAUGGGUAGGUUUUGAACAACAGGAUAUGACCGGUGAGAUGUUCAUGCUUGAGAGGGGCGAAUACCCACGCUGGGACACUUGGUCCAACAGCUACCGUUGUGAUCGUCUCAUGUCUGUCCGGCCCGUUAGAAUGGACCCACAGGACCAUAGGAUCUGCCUGUAUGAAUGCAUGAACUUUGAUGGUCGUAAGAUGGAGGUUUCUGAUGAGGACAUCCCAAGUUUGUGGUGCUACGGCUUCCAGGACAGAGUCGCCAGCAUUCAAGUAAAUGGUGGAACGUGGGUUGGAUAUCAGUAUCCAGGCUACCGUGGAUAUCAGUACCUGUUUGAAUUUGGAUCCUACAAACACUGGAAUGAAUGGGGCGCACAUCACCCCCAGAUCCAGUCUGUGCGAAGAGUAAGGGACAUGCACACGCAUCCCAGAGGCUGCUUCGAGAUGGCAUAAGGAACGACAAACAGCAUGGACAGGUGGACACAAUAAAACCUGAAGCUAAUCAGAAUCAAUUUCUAAUUAAGCUGCUAAACCCUGCAGGGAAUAGUCUUUGAACCAGAAAUAGGUGUAAUUCAGCACUUCAGCAUACUCAACCUUCUCCUGCAUCAUCACAGCACAUCUUCUAGAAUCUAGAAGCUCAACCAGUAUCGUGACCAUCAGGGUUCUCAACAUGGCAGGCUGGAUGGGAAGAGGAGAACUGCUUUUUUUCUUGUUGUUCCCAGUACAGAUUUCAGUCAUCCUUUAUUUAUGAAAUAGAGGAGAUCCUGCAACACUUUAUCUUUCUCAGGGAUGCUGGCAUCUAAAAACACAUUUACUUGAAAAUAAAUAAACAAAAAUAAACUA